UCCUGGCGGAGCGGCGGCCGCGCGGGGCGGCGGUGGCGGCGGAGCGAUGGCGUGCGGGGGCUUCGCCUGCUCCAAGAACUGCCUGUGCGCCCUCAACCUGCUCUACACGCUGGUGAGCCUGCUGCUGAUUGGAAUUGCAGCAUGGGGAAUUGGCUUUGGCCUCAUCUCUAGUUUCAGAGUUGUUGGAGUGGUAAUCGCAGUAGGAGUCUUCCUCUUCUUUAUUGCCUUAGUUGGAUUGAUCGGUGCAGUGAAACAUCAUCAAGUAUUGCUAUUCUUUUACAUGAUUAUUCUUCUGCUAGUCUUUAUUGUCCAGUUUUCUGUCUCCUGUGCCUGUUUGGCACUAAAUGAGGAACAGCAGAGUGAACUUCUAGAGGUGGGAUGGAGUAACACCAACAGCGCAAGAACAGAUAUCGAGAGAAAUCUGAAUUGUUGUGGAUUCAGAGUUUUUUAUCCCAAUGAAACCUGCGCUGCUGAUUGUCUUAGAAAUCUCCACUGUAGACCAUGUGCACCAAUAAUGGAAGAAUAUGCUGGAAUGGUGCUGAGAUUUGUUGGUGGAAUAGGACUCUUCUUCAGCUUCACAGAGAUUCUGGGAGUUUGGCUGACUUACAGAUACAGGAACCAAAAGGAUCCCCGUGCAAACCCUAGUGCAUUUAUUUGAUGAGUUUAUAAAGGACUAAAUCUUCUCUCUGCACCAUCUACUUAAAAAUACUGAUUCUCCACAGUUUGGUAUUUCUCCAUAAUAGGUAUUCUACAUGUACUCAAAAUAAAACACAAGUCCUGUAAGAAAUGUGUAGUUUUCAUAUUUAAUUUCUACUAUUUUUCUUCUAAGAAUCUCUAUCUUAAAGUAGAUGGGUGCAUUCAGUAGCUGGGCAGAGUUGAACUGCUGAUUAAGACUUUGUUAAUUGUUAUGGUAAACUCUGUACAAUGAGUUUUAUAGCACUACUGUGUUAUCUGCUGUAAAAAAAACCCUAGAGGUAUUUUCUGCUGUAUUCAUUGAUUACAGAAAUUCACGUGAAUUCUCAUUAAAAUGAUAAAAAUUUACGGUGGAUGGUUGGGUAUGAUUUACUUAGGUUUUAGGAUGUACUCUAGUAAACUUUUUUGUCUCCCACAUUCCUGUUAAGGUAAAAAUUAUAGCUAGAGAUGUUAUUUUCUAUAGUGCACAAAAGUGUAUGUUAAUGACUACUGUAGUCUUCACCCCUCCCCUUUCCUGAUUGUUUUGGUUUUCUGGUAGCUUUAAAAUUUUGUUGAGAAUAAAAACAAUGUUAAUGAAUAUUGUCAUUAUGAGAACAAUGACUGAAGAAAAGCAGGAGAAUGUAAUCUGCAGCUGAUUAACUUGAAACUUUUUUCCCUUGACAAUGAAUGAGGUUUGGUAUUUGCACAAUCAAUGUCUGUCAUCUCUGAUAUAAGAAACUUGAUGUCUGGAAAGUUGUUGUACAGCUAUUUUUUUUAGACGGUGUUAAGUCAUUGUUGUAAUAACUCAGCAGUGUUCUAUAGUUCUGUGUCAUCCAGAUAACAGUCUUGAUUUCAUGAGAGAUUGAAUGACAUGUAAAAAAAAAAACAAGAAAGAAAAAUGGCAACAAAACCAAAAA